UGUUAACCUAUCAAAGCAUCAACCAUUCUCUUAACUCUUCACUUUCAUUUCACAAGUUUUCUUUUCUUCAUUAAUGGCUGCUUCAACAAUGGCUCUCUCUUCUCCCUCAUUGGCUGGCCAAGCAAUCAAGCUUUCACCCUCCAACCCAGAGCUUGGUGUUGGAAGAGUCACCAUGAGGAAAGCAGCCACCAAGCAAGUUUCCUCUGGAAGCCCAUGGUACGGCCCAGACCGUGUCAAGUACUUGGGCCCAUUCUCGGGUGAGCCCCCGUCCUACCUCACUGGUGAAUUCCCUGGUGACUACGGAUGGGACACUGCUGGGCUUUCCGCUGACCCAGAAACAUUUGCCAGGAACCGUGAGCUUGAAGUAAUCCAUAGCAGGUGGGCCAUGCUUGGGGCCCUGGGCUGUGUCUUCCCCGAGCUCUUGGCCCGCAACGGUGUCAAAUUCGGCGAGGCGGUGUGGUUCAAGGCCGGGUCUCAGAUAUUUAGCGAGGGUGGGCUUGACUACCUGGGAAACCCAAGUCUGAUCCAUGCUCAGAGCAUUCUUGCCAUUUGGGCCACCCAGGUCAUCUUGAUGGGCGCAGUUGAGGGCUACCGUAUUGCUGGUGGGCCUCUUGGUGAAGUGACUGACCCACUAUACCCAGGUGGAAGCUUUGACCCAUUGGGCCUAGCUGAUGAUCCAGAGGCCUUUGCGGAGCUGAAGGUAAAGGAGCUCAAGAAUGGCAGGCUGGCCAUGUUCUCUAUGUUUGGGUUCUUUGUUCAGGCUAUUGUCACUGGAAAGGGCCCACUAGAGAAUCUUGCUGACCACCUUGCUGACCCAGUCAACAACAAUGCUUGGGCCUAUGCUACAAACUUUGUACCUGGAAAGUGACUAUGCUCAUACUAUAGAGAGAAAUGUAGUGAAAUUCCAGUGUCUAUUUUAUGAUCAUAUUGUUGUAUGGUGAGGUAUCUAUUGGAACAUGUGAAAUGUGAAUUAAUUUGUGUUCUUUAAUA